AUGGAGAUCGCGCAAGCGAUGCUUUACCUACCCUGCGAUCCUGAAGUGAUCAUAUUCAGGGUGGACAGCUUUUUAGAGAUGGACUGGGCCGAUGCGUUGUCGCUUAGCAUGGAGUUGGACUCGUUCGUCAACCUCAAGCAUCGUUCCAUGUCAAUUUGUGCCGCUUGUCAUUUGGAAAUCGCUGAUCGUUUCAUUUUGCGAGUCCAUCCCAACCUAGAAUUUCACGCUUCAUGCCUCAAGUGUGCUGAGUGUUGUCGAGUCUUGGACGAGUCGUGCACAGCUUUUGUACGAAAUGGUGCCACCUACUGCAGGGAGGACUACCUUAGGCUUUUCGGCACCAAAUGCAAUCGUUGUGAUCUGCCGUUCGAUCGAAGCGAGCUUGUGAUGCGCGCCAGGCAUGCCGUCUACCAUGUGGCCUGCUUCUCAUGUGUAGCCUGUGAGCGGCAACUGAAGACUGGCGAUGAGUUUCAGAUCAAAGGGAAUUCAUUGUACUGUCGAGCAGAUUGUGAAGCAGGAAAUGUCCCUGAGCCUUCAUCAAUUCCAACACCAUCAAUGUUUGCAAAUGAUGAUUCUUGGGAGACUUCAACAAUGACAUCGUUGGAUCCAACGAAUAGUCCCCCACUUUCUGUACGUUCUCCGAAAUCAGACGACAUGAAUACACCUCAACACAAUAAUGGCUUCCAUAAUACAUCCAGCGGUUCCUCAGGAGGUUCGUCUGGAAAGAAGAAAAAAGACAAACAGACCACCAGGGUUCGAACGGUGCUGAACGAACAUCAGCUGUCAAUACUGAAGAAAUGUUAUGCUCUGAACUCACGGCCGGAUGCACUGCUCAAGGAACAACUCGUGGAAAUGACCGCGUUGAAUGCUAGAGUGAUCCGAGUAUGGUUUCAAAAUAAACGAUGCAAGGAUAAAAAGAGGCAAAUUCAAAUGAGGGAUAUGGCUGCUAACGCCGAAAAGGAACGAGCUCUGAAUGGUGUUCGAAUGGCCGGCGUGGGACCAAUGAUCGCUGGUGCGCCGACGAAUCACGUAGAUCAACUAUCGAUAGGUCAACCAAUCGAUAUCACACAUUAUGCUCAAUGGGGACAGUCAAUGGACACGCCAAUGGUUGAUCCGGUCUCCUAUGGACCUCCGCCUCCUCCAAUGGCAUAUACGGACAUCGUUCCACCCCCGGAUCUUGGAGGUUACGGUAUGAUGCCCCCUACUGGAGCAUUUCACGAGUUUUCACCUCAUUUGCACGCAUCGGACCUGUCCUCACCGAGUUGCAGCGAAUGA